CUCUUAUUUCUGUCUUUCUUUCUAUCUGUUUUUAAUAUACUACUAUCUUGGACUAAUGUGCUUCUCUGGUGUGAUAUUCCAUCAUGAGUGAUGCACCGUAAAUGAGAUUACUCAUCGUGUCUUUCUUACUAAGAGCAUCUUAGCAUUUCAUUAUUUCAUUAAAUUUUUUCAAAGCAAAUCCCCUCCAGGAUCAUUGUUCAGCUGAGUGUCUGCGAUGUGAAUGUGUGUGAUGGAAGGUGAGGCGCGAGCCAGCAGCUUGCUCUGCCCUUUGUGUAACUCCAGCUCGGAUAAGAUGCUCUUGCUUUUUCUGUCUUCGAACCGUUACCAAAUGCUUCAUUAAGUGGAGGAGAAGCCUAGCUCAUAGUAACCGAGAGCACCCCGUUUGUCUCUGCUAUGACCCAAAACAAUGGAUAUUAACCUGCAGUCACAUCGCCUCUACUUCUCCAAGAUCUACUGUGACUCCAGCGCUCAGGUUAUUGAGUAUACGCUCAGUGAGCAGAGUAUUUGCCAGGCCCGUGCCUCUGUGAUGGUCUACGAUGACACCAGUAAGAAGUGGGUGCCCAUCAAACCAGGCCAACAAGGCUUUAGCCGCAUCAACAUCUACCACAACACUGCCAACAACACCUUCCGUGUGGUGGGAGUCAAACUGCAGGAUCAGCAGGUUGUCAUUAACUACUCUAUUGUAAAGGGGCUGAAGUAUAAUCAGGCCACACCUACAUUUCAUCAGUGGCGUGAUGCCAGGCAGGUGUAUGGACUCAACUUUGCCAGUAAGGAGGAGGCCACCACAUUCUCCAACGCCAUGCUGUUCGCCCUUAAUGUACUCAGCACCCAGGAUGGAGGUCCAGCAGUUCAGCGCCCGGUACAGAACGGCCCCACAGCCGAAGAGCUUGAGGUGCAGAGAAGGCAGAUGGAGAUGCAACAGCAGCAGCAACAGCAAAUGCAGGCACAUAUCGAGAGAGAGCGACGUUCGUCCAACUCAGGCUCCCCAUUUCAGGGACAUCCCGCUGUGCUCUCAGUGGCACCUCCAAGUAUAGUGCCACCCGUCAUGUCAGUUGGAGGGCCAUGCCCGCCUCCACCUCCUCCCCCUGCCCCUCCUGGUCCCCCGCCACCAACAGUGGGAGCCCCUCCUCCCCCUCCACCCCCAUUACCUCUGGGUGGAGGUGGGUAUGGAGGUCAUCAUCAACAUGAGGAUGCGCACGGACCCACCGGCCUCGCCGCCAUGAUCGCCGGGGCCAAACUGCGCCGAGUGCAGAGGUCUGAUGAGAGUUCAGGAGCCAAAAACGAUGCCAAUCGGACAAGUGGAGGUGGUGGGGGCCUGAUGGAAGAGAUGAAUGCCCUGCUGGCACGAAGACGGAAAGCGGCGGAAAGCGGAGACUGCCAAAAUGAUGAUGCAAAUUCCUCUCCAAUGUCUAGAGGACAAAAUGCAGAUGGUGCAAAGAAGCCAUGGGAUCGAGCCAACUCCGCAGAGAGAUCAUCGCUGGUAUCAAGAGUUCGACCCGUGGGCAGUAGCACUGACACAGACGCCUUAGACUUGGAUAGAAUGAAACAAGAAAUCUUGGAAGAAGUUGUUCGUGAAUUGCACAAGGUGAAAGAUGAAAUCAUUGAUGCCAUUAGACAUGAACUUAGUAGAAUUAGCAUGACAUAAUCUCCCAGCUUUGUGUGAGCCCUCUUUUAUGAGCCCUGACCCCUAGCAGGAACUGCUGUAGCUGAAGAGGGGAGGACACCCAGCAACGUUACCGCCAUAUUAAAGCAAAUACAUCAGUUUGCUCUAAUAUGUAGUCUACAUUGUGGUACCCCUCAGAUAUAAAAACAGAUGAAAGACACUUGCACUGACCUCUCUGUUUUCUGGUUUAAAUUUAUAUUUGGCAAUGACCUUUUUACGUCUUUAAUGUCUUUAUAGGAAACUGUUCUAGAUUUUAUUUUGCCCUAUUUUUGG